GCAAGUGGGAUUUGCUACUCGCUUCAUUUCCUGUCAACAACCUCCUCUUCAUCUUCUCUUUUCCUUCUGGUCAGCCCGUGCGCUUCAACAAUGGCGCUCCGACCCGCCGGGCUCGACAUUAUGCGGGCCCUAUGCCGCCGCGACGCAGCGCGUGUCGUGCGGGCCGGUCUGGUCCGUCCGCUGUCUUCUUCGUCCCUCCGUUCCGGCCUCUUCUCCCGCAAGUCCGACAAGGGCGCUGUCCCCGCCCCUUCCUCCUCUCCAGAAACGAUCUCCAUCACUCCCCAGGACCUUGCCAACGCUCAAGCCCAGCCCAUCGAGGGGCAGCCGCUCACUGACUUCCAGCGCCGCAUUGCUGCGCUGGAGACCGACGCCCUCGAGUCGCGCUCCUCAUCCGACCCCAAGCCCCAGAUUGCUCUACUCCGCGCUCUUGCCGAGGGCGGGGAGAACAAUGGCGUAUGCAAAUACUACGAGGCUGUCGCCUUCGCCGAGCCGGGCUCACCUGAGGGCUCUGACGCGCUCCUCCGCUCCGACGAGGCUUUCGAGCUCUACUCGCAUGCUCUCGCGUACACUGGCCGCCUCGGCGAGGUGGCUAACGCGACACGCCGCCGCGACGAGCGCAUUGGGGCGCCCGCUGCUUCCCCCUCCGACGUUCUUCGACAGCUCACAGGCGCAGGUGCCGCCGGCGCGACCUCCGCCACCGCCGCCACUGCUGCUUCCUCGACGCACCCGCAGCCCGCUUACGCCUCCGCUACUCCGUCCACUCCGCCCACUUCCUCGACCGGUUCUUACCCUCCUCCCCCGCCCCCGCCGCCCGCUACUCCUGGCACAGGCGCUACGACUGGUCCUGGUUCUCCGCUUCAGCCCAUCUACGUCCAACUCGCCCCCCAGUCGCCGCAGACCAACACUUGGCGUGUCCUCCGGUAUAUCCUCGGCAUGCUGUUUUGGGGUUUCGUCAUCUUCACAAUCAUUUCCAUGGUCAUGGAGAACACGGGUUUGCUCAAGGCCGGACCUGGUCCCGCUGAAUUCGAGCCGGAGGAGGGCAAGGCUGUCAAGUUUGCCGAUGUCCAUGGUGUUGAGGAGGCCAAGGCCGAGCUGCAGGAGAUUGUCGAGUUCCUCAAGAACCCCGAGAAGUUCUCAACCCUCGGCGGCAAGCUUCCCAAGGGUGUCCUUCUUACCGGUCCUCCCGGCACCGGUAAGACGAUGCUUGCGCGGGCCGUCGCCGGCGAGGCCGAGGUACCGUUCCUCUUUGCGUCUGGCUCUUCUUUCGACGAAAUGUUUGUUGGUGUUGGCGCCAAGCGCGUCCGUGAGCUUUUCGCGGCCGCGCGCAAGAAGGCCCCGGCCAUCGUGUUUAUUGACGAGCUGGACGCUAUCGGCUCUAAGCGUUCCUCCAAGGACCAGCACUACAUGAAGCAGACGCUGAACCAGCUUCUCGUCGAGCUCGACGGUUUCGAGCAGAGCGAGGGUGUCAUUAUUAUUGCCGCGACCAACUUCCCCCAGUCUCUUGACAAGGCGCUCACCCGCCCCGGUCGGUUUGACCGUCACGUUGUCGUUCCCCUCCCUGACGUCCGCGGGCGUAUCGAGAUUCUAAAGCAUCACAUGGGCAAGAUCAAGCUUGCGCACAACGUCGACCCAGCUGUCAUCGCUCGCGGCACUCCAGGCAUGAGCGGCGCUGAUCUUUCCAACUUGGUCAACCAGGCAGCCGUCAAGGCAGCGCGCCACAACGGCACAGCCGUGACACUUGACGACUUUGAGUGGGCAAAGGAUCGCAUUCGCAUGGGCGCUGAGCGCCGCUCGCAUUUCGUCACCGAAGAGGCCAAGAAGGCUACUGCGUAUCACGAGGGUGGGCACGCGCUGGUUGCACUUCACACCCCUGGCGCGGACCCGCUGCACAAGGUUACGAUCAUGCCUCGUGGCCGUGCGCUCGGCAUUACAUUCCUGCUUCCCGAGAUGGACAAAGACUCCCGUAACCGGAAGGAGUACCUAGCCAUGAUUGAUGUUGCACUUGGCGGCCGUGCGGCCGAGGAGCUCAUCUACGGCGAGGAUGGCACCACGUCUGGCUGCUCCAGCGACCUGGUCAACGCUACCAACGUUGCCACCCGUAUGGUGCGAACGUUCGGCUACUCUGACAAGAUUGGACUUGUGGCGCACGGCGACGACCAGUCACGCUUCCUCUCCGACCAGACUAAGGACUUAAUUGAGAGCGAAAUCAAGACGUUCUUGGACGACGGCAUGCAGCGCGUGCGUCGCCUCCUGAAGACGAACGAGCACGAGCUGCACACUCUGGCCGCCGCGCUCGUCGAGUAUGAGACGCUCAACCUGGACGAGGUAAAGAAGGUGCUCCGCGGCGAGAAGCUGGACCGCCCCGGUGCCUCUGGAAACGCACUACGGUCAAAGUCGGAGCAGGAAGAGUCGGUUGACAAGACGCGCGGCGAUAAGCCUGUGCCGGCCGGCGAGGGUCUCCCUAACCCCGUCCCGCAGCCAAUCCCGGUAUCGCAGGACGUUCCGCGCGAAGUGUAGACUGACAUCGCCAUCCACAUUGAACGCCCCCAACGGGGCUAGAGUAGACACCAACUCAUUGCAUGCAUACAUCGAAGGGCAGGGUCUACGCGUAGCCAACGGAAACCGCGCAAGUGGGCAUGGACAAAGGACGUGCUGAGAAUAGCGACUGCCCCACACCAUUCAUAUUCUCGUCGCCACCGUAAAGCCCGAAAUGAU